AUGUCGGACGACGAUUUUAUGCAGGACUCCGACCAGGAGGAAUAUGACUUUGAGUAUGAGGACGCCGAUGAAGAUGAGGCUGGGGAUGUUGGAAUCGAAAAUAAAUACUACAAUGCAAAGCAGAUUAAAGCGGAUAACCCAGAAGAAGCUAUUAACGAAUUUUCAGAAAUCCCCGCUCUAGAGGAGGAGAAAGGCGACUGGGGAUUUAAAGGCUUAAAGCAAGCGAUAAAACUAGAAUUUAAACUUGGUCGAUAUGAAGAUCAAUGCGCUCAGGCCGUUGAACAUUAUCGCGAACUGCUCACCUACAUUAAAUCCGCCGUCACAAGAAACUACUCCGAGAAAUCGAUCAAUAACAUGCUGGAUUACAUCGAAAAAGGGUCUGAUGACGCAAAGGCGUACCAUUGCAUGGAGAAAUUUUACUCCUUAACGCUGGACUCCUUCCAGAAUACCAACAAUGAACGGCUUUGGCUAAAGACUAAUAUAAAGUUGGCCAGACUCUGGCUUGAUCGCAGAGAAAAUUCCACCACAUUGGAGCAUAAACGGUUAAAAGCACUCUAUCAGAGGGCGCUCACCGUGCGGUCCGCCGUGCCACAUCCGAAAAUCAUGGGAAUAAUUCGCGAAUGUGGGGGAAAAAUGCACUUGAGCGAAGAAAACUGGAAAGAGGCACAGAGUGAUUUCUUCGAAUCGUUUCGGAACUAUGACGAAGCUGGCUCAAUGCAGAGGAUCCAGGUCCUAAAGUACCUUGUUUUGACAACCAUGUUAAUGAAGUCUAAUAUCAACCCCUUCGACUCCCAAGAGACCAAACCAUACAAAUCAGACCCGCGGAUAUCCGCUAUGACUGACCUAGUCGACGCCUUCCAACGCGAUGACAUCCACGCGUACGAAGAAAUCCUUCGCAAUAACCCGGACGUCCUCUCAGACCCCUUUAUAGCCGAGAACAUCGACGAAGUGAGUCGUAACAUGCGCACCAAAGCCGUCCUCAAAUUGAUAGCCCCUUAUACUCGCUUCAGCCUCGCCUUCAUCUCCAAACAAAUCAAGAUAUCCCUCCCCGAAGUCCAGGAUAUCCUCAGCUUCCUAAUUCUUGAUCAGAAGAUCCCAGAUGCGACGAUUGACCAGGAAACUGGCGCCGUCGUCAUCAAUAGGGCUGACGACCAUGAACGACUGCAAGCUCUGGGGACCUGGACAUCUCAACUAAACUCGUUGUGGCGGAGUGUUUUGACCAAUGCGGACGGGUUUAGAAUCGAGGAUAGUGCUCGUAUCCACGCGACUUUGGUGAAUACCGACGGGGGUUAUGGGCAGUUGGGUCUUGCGGGAGAUGUUUUGCCAUCUCCAGAAUUCCGAAAAUUGGGUGUUGGUCGGGCAAAGCGGGAUUGGAAAGGGAAGUCGGGGAUUGCAAAGGCAUUCUCACGAGCUCUCUGA